AGUCACGAAUUGUCCUUGCAUCCAUCGAUCCAUCGAUUUGUCACACGGACGAGAAUCGGGUCCAUCCAACACCAGACAACACACAAGAGAUGGGAAGACAGAGAGAGGGAGAGGCUGACCGACCACAAUACCACAACACACACCACCACAGCACUCUCUCACGCGGACGUUGGCAGAAGGCGUGCAUGGUGCAUCAAAAGCAUAGGCAGACAGACAGACAGACCCGCAGGUACGUACGUAACGACACUAACACCGACACCGACAAGGCCACCAUCAUCACAGCCACCAAAAAAGAUGUGAGCACCGACGGACAACCCCACGACGAGCGAGGCCAACACACAACCAACACCAGACAGCCAAAAUUGCGACGGGUGGGAUUCACUCCCACCCCACACAGAUGCAACCACCCACACAGCAUGCUCCACAUUCUCAUGGUCCAUCCACGUGAUAUGCCCAUCCAUGUGUGUGGCCUGCCUGCCUACUAAACCUAAAAACGGAGCACCGACAGACAGAGAGGCAGCCAAGAGAGAAAAACAGAUGUGUAUUUGUGGCGAAGUGUGGUGGAAUGGAUCGAACAGAGAGUAGAGGGAACAUCCUUGUCGCCCCGACAAUCCCUCAGGACGGCUGUGUGCGUACUUACGAUGGAUGUGUGUGAGUGAAUGAAUGAAUGAAUGAAGUGACAUGUCUGUCUGUGUGUGGAAUGUGUGUCCUUAAGCCUCCCCCUCCCCCUCUCUCUCUCUUACACACGGCUCUCUCCUCCCCCGCAUCCAGCAGCCCGCCCACCACACCACCCCCAUUUUCUUUGCCUCCACCAUUCAGGCAUUGAAGCAAGCUGGUCGUCACACACGCAGACUCUCUCACCCACACACAGACACGGACACGCACACGCACACGCAGCCACAGAAAUGAGUACGCACACAAGCAGGCAGGCAGGCAGCGAGUCAGUCAGUCAGUUACGCAGCUGUCACUGCGUAAAUUGGUCCAUCCGUCCCAUCCACCUUGCUUACAUCCAACCAAGACAACGGGCUCAUCCUUCCGUGUGCCUGGCUGUCAGUCAGUCAGGCAGGCGGCCGAACAGAUGGCCGCACGUCGCCCGCCGUCUAUUGUACGAUCCACCCCACACACCAGCCCAGCCAUCAUCCCGCGAUCCAUAAGAAUUUCCCAUAUCCACUUUGCUUGCCUUGCUCCCUCAACCGCCCGCCCGCCCGUCCCCCCCCUGCCGCAGCGGCUGGCUAAGCAGGCCGCCCGCGUGUGAGAAAAAAGGUGAGAUAGUGGUGAGUAGUUGUGUCGGCUGCACCAUGGAUGCGUGUACGUGUGUCGACGUCGGGUGCGGAUCAGCGCGCGAUCCGUACGCAUGAAUGAAUGCAGAUGAGGUAGAAGAGAGAGAGUCGUAUGUGUGUACGUAUGUAUGUAUGUGUGUACGUAUGUGUGUACGUAUGUAUGUAUGUAAUGUGUGCAAUGCGCAAGUAGUGUGUCGGUCGAUCCGUCUGGCUAUCCAUCUAUCUAUCCAUAGGUGGCAGGCAGGCAGGCAGGCAGGCAGGUCGCCAAGCCGCCCGCCAGCCGGUAUCCUCCCUGCCCUGGGCUGCCCUCCUCUUCUCCCAUUCCGCUGUGUCCACGCCAUCGAUUCGGAUGGGAUGGGUCACAGGGGAACACCACAGCACAACCAACACAACACAACACAACACAGGCACCCAGCCACCCAGCCAACAGGCCCGUGCCGCCAGGGCAACACCCCACAGGCCAAAAAGAGUCACACACACCACACACACCAGAUACACAGACGGCACGACCGUCGUCCGUUUACGGAAUGUGAUUGAUCGCACAAUCAGCCAGCCAGCCAGCCAGUCGGAAUGGUGGAGAGCGAGGUGGCGUCCAUCCACUCGCUGUGUGCACGAGACGACAGUGCAUCCAUCCAUCCAUCCAUUCAUCCAUUCGUCGCUGUGGUCGUGAUUUCCGUGAGGUAGUCAGGCAGGCAGGCAGUCGGGCAGACGAGGGCCCCGCUAGUCCGUAGCGCAGGCUCUCGCCUGACUCACACACACACACACACAAACACAGCCAGCCAGCCCAUCUUAAACCAAUCCCCUUGCGUGUUGAAGCCAACCCGUUUCCCCCAUCCCGUCCCCCCAACCACACACACAGGCGAACACACAUGCUCCCCCGCUGACCAAAAGGCCGAGCAAAACGAAGUUGCCUUGCUCCUUUGUUGUUUGCUCUUUUGGUCUUGCGGUCGUUGGUAGGGAAGAAAGGCAAUCGAUUUCAAUGAACCGAGGAACCACAACCACGACGAACGCGCACACACAGAAACACACAUCCCACAGGCAGGCAGUUUUGUAUGUGUACAUGUGAAUGAGUAUGAGUAUGGGUAUUCCCAAUCAAUCAAGCAAUCAAUCAACAUGUGAAUGCAAUAAAAGCACCAGAGGCAGCAAAAGGAAAGAAAAAUUCCAUCUCGCACCGCACCGCCCCGCCAGCCGAUGACAGACCGACCGACCGACCGACGGACAGACGGGCAAGUGGGCCACAUGGAUUCCAUUGAGGUACACAAACACACCGGGCGAAUGAAUGAAUGGACGAAGGAGGGAUACCAACGCAAACAAACAAAUGUGGAUGAAAUCUGGAUGCAUCAUAACACCGGAAUACAUAGUAGGUAUACAGCUAGGUAGCGGGCUGGGCAGACGAACGAACGGACGAACCAACCAACCAAGAGACGGGGCCAUGAUCUCUCUCUCGCAAUACGGUCCACCACUACACAGCCAGACAACGACGCACCAGCCAGCCAACGAAUGGACGGACGCGCCCACACACCACACCACAGCACACUACACAUCGGUUGCUCUCUCUCCCCAUUUCAAAAUAUCAUUUCAUGGGCACGUGACGCACCCACAGACGCACACAUGGCAUGGAUGAGUAUGGAGUAUUGCAGGCAAGCAUGGAAACAAGCCGGCAGCUGAGUUGGCCCCCGCCCCCAUUCCGUCGCUCUCUCUCUCGCGUAGCAGCCAGAAGCCGACACUAAUUGAGAAAACACGCACACACAUAUGCACACACACUCGCGACGUACGGGACGCAGGACACGGACAGAUGCCCUUGGACAGACAGAGAGGGCACGUGCGCGUGUGUGUGCGCGUGCGGGUGUGUUGUAUGCAUGUUCGCAGCCAGAUGAGAGCAAUCAAGGCAAGGCAGCGCGAGCGAGGUGACGAACUCAGCCAGCGAGUAUGUGAUGGUGUGCGUCAGCCAGAUUGGGAGGAGGGGCAUGGUGUGUUGGUCGCAUUGCAACCUCUAUCUCAGAUCGACAUGAUCAGAUAGAUAGACAGACGGCCGCACCAACAGACAGAGUGAAUGGAUGUGGUGUGGUGUGGUGUAGUGUGGUGUGGUGUGAUGUGAUGACAUGAUGAAAAAAUCCCCACAAAUACGCAGCACCGCCCGCUCUCUGUCCCUGCCAGUGUUGGGCAGCGAUGAAUCCUCCAGCCAGCCAGCCAGCCGGACAGAUGCACAGAUGAAGGUACGCAGUGGAUGGCAUGUGGUUGGUUGGUUGCUUGCUUCAGGUAGCCAGCCAGUUACUAAGUGGUGAACAAAGAGAUACGAAGGACCAAGGAACGAACGGACGGGUAAAGGACGGCACGGCCGGUUGGCUGCUUGAAAACGCACUCACUCAGUUGCCUAGAAGCGUCGCAUCACACCACACUUACACCACACCACACAACGACACGCUCUCUCUCUCUCUCUCUCUGUGUAUCCUCUAUCUCGGCACACACACACACACACACACACAAUGCCCAGCUGCCCAGCCAGCAGGCAGGCAGGCAGGUAUGCGAAAUGAAUGCGAGGCAGUGAGUGAAUGAGUGAGUGAGCCAGGUUAAAUACCGACAGAAGAAGUGUGAUCAUUCAUUCAUCCGCGUGUGUCCCGACGCACCCACCCAGCCACAUACCCACACGAGGAAGCACGUGUACCGACCACGAAAGCACUUGACAACGACCAACGAGAGGCGAUUGAGGCAUCCAUAGCAUUCCUUGGAUUCGCUCGUCCGUGUGAGGGAGUUGACAACUCCUGGACCAGCGAACAAACAGCAGAGAGGUAGGGAGACAAAGGAGGGGCCAGGCAAGAGAGCGAGUGACGCAUCCAGGCGGCCACUGUUCCAUCCAUCUCUUAUCCAUCCAGAGCACAAAGCCGGGAAAGCCGGGAAAGCCAGGUAAGGCAGGUAAGCCACGUUAGGAAGGAGGUCAUCAGGACAUACACCAACAAGACAGACAGACAGACGCAGGCAAGGCAAGGCAAGGCACCACACAGCAGCUCUCUUCAACACGCGGACGAGACACGGAAGAGUGGCUAGAGCGAUGGGUGGGGUGGGAUGGGGUGGGUGGCAUGGACCAUCAUCUAGUCGCUCUCUCUCUCUCCCUCUCACACACACACACACACACUGACACACACAGUGAGGGAUACACAGACAGGCAGGCAGACACAAGGGCGAGAAAGGGAUGGUACAAAAAAAGGCAGACUGGCUGCUGGGCCGCCCCACCACACACCACAUACCCGUGCACUUAGACAUUCACGCAUACACACAUACAGAUGUAGAGAAGUCUCUCCUGGCAGCCACACCGCACCACGACAGGCACCGCCUAUGUGGUUGCGGUUUGGCUGUGGUGGUGUAUGUCUGGCGGCAGCAGGUUCAGGUUGUUGAGAUAAAGCUCCUCCAAACCAUCAAACGGACCACAGUCAUACUGACACACAACACGCACACGACACACGCUCCUUGGGUGUGGAGCAGGGGGCUGGUCUGAGUGGGUGUCUCACCUCGCUACAGCUGCUGCCGGUGCUGGUGUGUCCCAUCUGGAGGGCCUUGGAGAACACGAGGCCCCGACGGCCGUACUUGAGGUCCAGCACUUGCGAAAACAGAUAAUCCAAAUAAGCACCUGAACCACACACACACACACACACCUGACGUACGCACGCGGACAGGUCGAUCUCAUCAUCGUUGCCUGCCUCUCAGGUACCCACCCGAUUUGGCCAGUUUGUCACACGAUGCAGUGACGGUAACUGACCCAGCCUCCGGGAAGAUCCCCACCACCCCCCGGCACUCCACUGACGACAGCUCUCCCCUCACACGAUCUCUCACACCCUCCUGAUGCCGCUGCUCCCCUCUACCACUAUCACCACUACUGCUACUGUUAUGCUGCUGCUGCUGCUGUGACGGCCUGGUCGUGCCCUUCUGCCUGGCGAGCAGUGCCUCCCAUCUCUCCGGCUGACAGUCGGACCUCUUGGCCCCAAAACCCACGCCCAUGCUCAUCCGACCCCCACUGAUGCCGCUAUUGCUGUUGCUGUUGCCGAUGGAUGUGCUAUCGGGGCUCGAUGAAGCCGUGCUCACGCUCGCCUGGUCUGCCGUGGACUGCGGCCUGCCCGUUGCGGACGCCGAUGCCGAUGCUGGUGUUGGUGCGCGGUGUGGAUGGGCUGGCAGUGGGUGGGGGCUGACCCUGCUCGCUGGGCCGGCGCCUCUCUCCGCCUCGCCAGCGUAUUGCGUGCUGGGGGGGCUGGGGGGCGCCUUGUACAGCAGGGAGGGUGAAAAAUCUGGGGGCGGGGGGAUCGCGGCCGUGUGAUUGGUGGCCAUGGUAGUGGUGCAGAGGGUACCCGGCGCCGGGGGCAGCGGCACACCACCACCGCCCCCUGCCGUCCGGUCGACCGACCCCCACACGUCGUGCACCUCGUGCUCGUCUUCAUCCACCGACGAGAUGGUGGAGGGGUCAUGCGCGUGGCUGGCGAGGGAGGGGGGAGUCGGGCCAGGCAGCCCCCCUCCCGGCGGCCGAUCCGACCCUGGCAGCGAUAACGAUCGCGUGAGGAACAGCGGGGCGCACCCCGGUCUGCCCAGUGUGGUCCUGAAGGCCUCGGUCAGCGGGGCCUGGGCACUCGUCGACCCACCACCAGACAUGUCCGGCGCCGCAGACUCACCCUGGGGAGUGGCCGGGGCGGUCGUGCUCGCGUGGCUGCGAGGGCCGGUGGUCGUUGACGGGGUGCGCACUGACACGGACGUGUAUGACGAGAUGCUGCAUCCUGGUCUGGGGGGCAGGACGGCUCUCUGCCGGGUCUGGUCGUGGUCGCCUGCUGCCUUCGAGCUUUCGUCGAUGGUGUUGUCGCGCGGGCAGUCGGCUGAUUUGCCUCCUGUCCCUGUCGCUGGUAGUUGCUGUGGUGGUGGUGGUGGCGGUGGUGGUGGUGUUGGCCCCCCUCUGUGCUGUGUCUGUGUCUGUGUCUGCUGGGCGGGGGAGCUCUCAUGGCUGUGCGCGGGGGGCUGGGACGACGAAGUGGCGGGGGCACCAUCGCUCUCGGGCCGAGACACUGGAGACGUCACUGCACAAACAAACAAACAAAUUAACACAUCAAAGGAGCAAUGCCUCCGCAUCUGCCCUCUCUCUCUCUCUCUCUCUCUUGUCGUUCCUCACCUUUGCUGUCUUUGCCGGUGACGUUGGUGUGUUUGGUCUUGUCCAGGAACUGCCAGUAGUGGAACGACACAUUGGAAUGGCCGUUGGAGAAGGCCGACAAAGGAGUCCCCGUGCGACUACCACUGCCUCCAUCUGCACACACACAUGGUUCUCAUCAUGACCAGCGCAUCAAUGAUCAUUUGGUGCUCCUUCCCUUCCCCUACUUACCGGUGUUCCCUCCCUCGUUGGGUGCCGCUGAUGACCCCGGGAAGAGAGCAGGGUUGGAGGCGCGCAGCACGCGUGAAGGGACGAGCUCCACACACUGCUCGUUCUCCGGGGGCGAGUAGGAAGUGUCGUGCACUAUCACGUGGCGGCCACCGUGGCUGCGUGGAUGAACAGUGAGUGGCAUGGCGUGCGAAAAGGAAGGUGCUCGGUAGGUGAUCUGUGCAGGCGGUGUGUGUGUGGUUGGUGCGUACCGGUAUAGUCUGCAGACGUCCUGGCACUUCUCCACGAGCAUGUCGCUCAGCUUGGUGUACCCAAACAUGACGGGAUUCAACACCUGGCCGUACCUGAACGACACGACCGGCCAUCGCGCUCCAUUGCCGAAGACGGUCUGGCGUGUGUGUGUUUAGGCGUACAUGUGCGAGAACUUGUAUUUGAGUUGCGAGAGCAGGACUUCCCUGUUGUUCUCGGCCAGCAGCUUGCGCAUCUUCUGCUUGACCUCGUCCACACUGGUGACGGCAGGUCUGUUGUCCUGCGACUCGUUGAGGAAUAUGGCGCUCACGAGGCCCUUGCAGGUGGCCACCGGCUGCAGCACGUCGUUCUCGUACGCUACCAAACCCUGCGAUAUGGCUAGCUGCACGAUGUGCGACAGCUGACCCAACGUGUAGUACCUGAACCAUCCACACAACAUACAGCGCACAUACCAAUGAUUAUCACCAAGGUAUGCGCGUGAGGCCGCGUACCGCAGACAGACAGGCCCGUCGGCCUUGAGUUUUUUGGCCAUCCCGUAUCUGCCGCCGCGGAACUCAUACUGCUCCGCACACCCGCUACCCACACUGGCGUCGUCAUGACCACCACACACACUCCCCGCUGUGGACCCGUUGUUGUUGGUCCCGCCAACAGCACCGCUACCACCACCGCCACCACCACCACGCGAACUCGCCGACAUGGGCGGCUGGGCGCUUUGCGCGUCAGGCGAGGCUAUGGGGAGGGGCGGGGUCGGCGGGGGGUUGAUGCUGAGACUGUCCUGCGUGCCAGCUGUCACCUGAGUCGCCUGCUGCUGCUGCUGCUGCUGUUGCUGCUUGGGUGUGCAGCGAAUGAGCUGCUGCAGGUACUCGUUGACGGCUCGCCACACGUGCAUGGGGUAGGGGUUGUGCGGGUCCUUGGGGUCCACCCAACCCUUGAACCAGCCUGCACACAGAGAGAGGAACAGACGCGUAAGUGGCCCCAUCUCUGCCUCCCUGUGUGUGUCAGUGUUGUUUUGGUGGCGGUGAUCUGUCUGUCUGUCUGUCUGUCUUACGUGGUGUCUGUUUGAAGUACAUGACCGUCUUGGCCUUCAGGUUUCGCUCCACCACAUAUUGGUCGGGCAUGGCCGAGUAAAAGGCCACAAAGUUGGACUCCAACGUAGACGAACAAUUCAACUCUGCACACACCGCACACAGCACGACACACACACACAGACACGUGGAUGAUUCCUUUUGCAUACAGCGGAACAGGCCUGUCUGCAGAUGCACAAACUUCCGGCUGGCCAUUUCGCCCGUCAUAUUCCCCUGCCUGUCUGAGUCUAUGUGCGCGUCUGUGUCUGUCCGUGUCCACUGCUCCACCCAACUCAGCUCAGGUCAGCAAGCACACUCACCCUGCAGUCUGUGUUUGACUUCGAGCUGGUAGGGUCUGAUUUGGUCCUUGUACAGCGUGAGUAUGGCCAGAUUGAGCAGGAACUUCUCCUCGUUGCUCAGCUGCUGGCACGCGGUGCUCGAUGAGGCCUUCGAGGCCGCCGCCACCCCUCCUGCACUCGCCGGGGGAAACAUUGACGACGGAGCGGUGUCGCCUGUUGGCAUCACGACCUCGGGAGCCUCG